AUGACAAUGCAGUUUAUUAGUCAUCAGUUCCCUGAUUAUCAUGACCCCACUAUUGAAGAUGCUUAUAAGACCCAGGUUAGGAUCGACAAUGAGCCAGCGUAUCUGGACAUCUUGGACACUGCUGGUCAGGCAGAAUUCACAGCCAUGAGAGAGCAGUAUAUGCGAGGUGGGGAGGGAUUCAUUAUCUGCUACUCCAUCACUGACCGCCAAUCAUUCCAGGAGGCUGCCAAGUUUAAAGAGCUCAUUUUUCAGGUCCGCCACACCUAUGAAAUUCCCCUGGUGCUGGUGGGAAACAAAAUUGACCUGGAACAGUUCCGUCAGGUCUCUACAGAAGAAGGCUUGAGUUUGGCUCGAGAAUAUAAUUGUGCUUUUUUUGAGACCUCUGCAGCCCUCAGAUUCUGCAUUGAUGAUGCCUUUCAUGGUUUAGUGAGGGAAAUUCGCAAGAAGGAGUCCAUGCCAUCCUUGAUGGAAAAGAAACUGAAGAGAAAAGACAGCCUGUGGAAGAAGUUAAAAGGCUCAUUGAAGAAGAAGAGAGAAAACAUGACAUGAUAUCCUUGCUUCUAACUCAUUUACUCUCUCUGGUUUUAUCAGUUGGACAAUUCCAAAUGUUUCAUUCUGCUUCAAUAUUCUCUGUCUGUCUGUCUGUCUGUCUCUCUGUAUUUAAAUAUUGGCCUAUAAGCAAAAGCCAGAUCUGCAUAACUGUAUCUCUUGAGAGAGCUUUGUUUUGCCCUUAACAGUUGGAUGGAUUUUGUCAAUCAACCGGAUAUGCUGUUUAGUUUUUACAAUAUAUUACUAAAUAAAACUGACAUUCCAAUUGCCUCA